AUGUUUGCUUUGGGUUUUACAAUGGAAGAAUUGAUGUUUCCGGAAAAUUAUCAAUCAAAUGUUCUCUUCAAUAUUGAAGUCGAUUGUUUUAUCAAUAAACUUGAUCAAGUAACAUCAGCCUAUGAAAAUAAUGAACAAAUUGUUAUCGAUGAUGACGAGGACGACGAUUGGUUCACAAUUAAACAACUGAAUUCAAAGAUUUCAUCGAGUGAAGACAAUUUCAAUUCCUUGAAUGAUCAAACACUACUAUUAUUGACUAUCAAUUCGGAUAGUUAUCAUUUUGGUCAGAUAAAAUCCGCUGUAGAGCAUGAUGACUCCAUGGCAUCAAAUUCAUCAAUUCAUAUCGUUCAAGAGAAAACUGUGGAUUCAUCAUCAAAUGAUCUGUCAACUCGUACUUCGUCGGCUGCAACGACUACAAUGAUCAACCAACAACAAAAUAAGUAUUUGAUGUUCAAAUCAACAUCAUCUCUAUCAUUUUCUACACAAUCGUCGACAUCAGUAACAAGCACAAGUACCGAUGAAAUGAGUCCACAGUCAUCUCAUAGUAGACGUCGUCGAAAACGAACAAUCUUUAGUGCAGCUGAUAUUGAGUAUCUUAAAGGCGCGUUUAUUCAAAAUCCUAAGCCGAGUCAACAAGAUAUUGCAGUUUUAUCUGAGCAAUUGGGUCAUGAUUCUUAUGUCAUUCGAGUUUGGUUCUACAAUAAACGUCAAGCAAGCAAAAAGCGAAUUAUUUAA